AUGUCUUCAAAGGGAUCACGUCGAUGCAAUCGCCUAAUUGUGCUUUUUAGCUCCAUUAACGAUGUAACGGCGUGGCCUUUCUGGAAGUUUCUUCAAAUGAAAAAGGUAAAGGGUGUGACAGAUCUCUCAAUCUUGGCCUUUAACAGUCACGGUGGUAGCUUCGAAGCACGCAUUAAUGGACAUGAGUAUACAUUGAAGAACUAUGAGAAUGUUGCUGGUUACCGACAAGACAUGCUUGAGCGCUUUCUACAUCGCUGGUACGAUCCCGGCCGCAGUUACUUUGUGUACGGUGGCCACGGUAUGGGUGAUCACCUUGAACUUGAACGUAACCGCACAGUACUUCACUGUCACGAACUUGCGGCGAUUUUUGGUGAUAAAAAGUUUGAGGCAAUCGUCUUUGAUGCGUGUUUCAUGGCAAGUCUUGAGUGUGCGUACUAUUUGAGAAAUAACACACGAUAUAUUGGAGGAUGUGAAGGAUACCUCUGGGAGCCAGACACUAGUCUUGAUCAACACGUGUUUAAUACAUACACUGCCUCCGCUAUGAGUCGUUUCCGCGAUCCAAAGCAUAUUCUUCUUGCCAUUCAGCGUGAUUACUGUAGUAAAUCACCGCUCGCUGACUUUUCAGUACUUGAUACCACACAUGUGGAGGCAUUACGCAAUUAUGUGGAGGAACAUGUUAUUCAACGUGCGUAUGAUCGUGCGACAUUCUAUAAUUUUAAACAGCAGCAAAAACUUAGUAGUAUGGCUGAAGAAGCACUGCAGGUUACACUACAAAAUACGAAUAACAAUAUUAAGACACCAUUAUCUUCUUCAUUGGGGUCUUCAUCUUCAUCCUCAUCGUUAUCGAUGUCGACAUCACCUUGCUCUCCUUCUGUGUCCUUGUCUUCUUCUUCUUCUUCUAGUGCCAAAACUCAACGAGCAGUGGCUACGAGAGGAGAGAAUAAAAAACUUGCGAGACGUCUUCAAUUACAACAAUCUGUACAAUUUGAACAUGCCCUUUAUCCAUCAGAGACGACAGAUAAGUACAUUCUAGAUUUAAGAUCAUACCUUAUUGAUAUGGCUCGUGAGGAAGAGGAAAAGGGUGGUGUAUUCUUAAAUAGCAAUAGUAAUACAUUAUCAUCAUCAUCAUCACGAACCACCGUUGUUGAGUCGCACGGGAGUUUACCACCGAAAAAAAAUCAUCAUCACUCAUUAUUCGCAAAAGGUAGCGCGCAUGAAGGUCUUGAUUUGUUUCACCGCGUUGUAGUUAGCCACACACCACCGGAAGAUAAACAUAUUUACGCCUCUCACCUUGGAGGUCUUUCGUUUCCGGUUUAUGAAUUUAAUACUACAUCAAAACCCUUGCAUCCAUGGAGACGUAUCGAUAAGAAAAAAUUUAUGCAAAAGGCGAAAGAAUUUUUGGAGAAAGGAGCCGUACAGGAUGUACAAAUGAGUGAACGUAGUUGUAAUGAUAGUAGUAGUAGUAGUAGUAGUAGUAGUAGUAAUGGUAGUAGCAACGUUGUUGGGGGUGGUUUUCCCAACGUGACAGAGAAGAAUACAUCUACGUCUACAACUACAACUACAUCUACAUCAUCAUCAGCUGCGAUUCCCACGGUGUAUCUUCCGCUAUUGGGAAAUUGCAAUGAUAGCAAUAGCUGCAGCAACACCUCCGGUGGUAGCGGUGGCAGAGAACCGGAGAUGAAGAAAUGUCAUGUGAAGCAGUAG